AAAUGAUUUUAAUCUUAUACGGGAUUAAAUAAAUACUUCUUUCUUUUGUUCUUUCAAUUAAUUAAAUAGUUAUGACGGAGGAACGACCGAAAAGGGUUAAAGUGGCCUGGAGCGACGAUCUUAGCCAUGACUCGGAAGAAGAAAGAGAAAGAGAGCGCUUGGCUCAACUGGAGCGGGAAUUAGCAGAACAACCAGUGAAACCGGUCUAUCCAGAAGAGGAUUUGGAGAAACUGAUAGGUUUCAUCAUGAGAAUGACAACUCUCUACGACCUUAGAGACGAAGACUGGAACCAGAUAACCAAGGAGAAGAUCGAGGAAUGGAUUCUAGAUCCUCGUUCUCUUAUGCUCUGUAUAUACUUUAGAGGCGAGACAUUAAAAGCGUCUCUAGACAUACCACUUACCCCCGUAUAUGAUUUGAUGUAUUUCAUUCGUCAACCGGAUUAUAUAUUCAAAGUGGAGACAUUUCAUGACGAUAUCAUUUUUGGCACUUUCGUUUAUUCCGUGGAAUCAAAUAUGAUACAAGUGUUGGAAUCUGUUUUUGCUCCUUAUUUCUUCGCUGUUACCACUUGGCCAGAGAGUGUAAAGAGUGAAUUUUGCUCUCACAUUCACACUUUUCUCGCAAAAUUGACGGAUAUGUACUACAAAAUGCUCGGCCUAACCGUCCUGUAUAUCCCGCGUGAGGGUCAGCAGCUCUCUUUCGAGCAGGCGAGCGCAGACCGCGAGCUGGUAAAGAGGUUGGAAGGUGUGGUAGUAUACUGGACACAUCAGAUAAAAUCUUGCGUCGAGGACCACGCCUCCGUGUCCUCUCAAAAGGAGCUUUUAUGUCCAAGUGACGAGUAUGACUUUUGGGUUUAUAGACAUGAAAACUUGAAUGCUCUGCUAUACCAACUGCAAAAUCCAGCUGUAAAACACAUCACCAAGAUCCUUGUGACUACACAUUCCACUUUCAUACAUCAGUUCCAAGCUCUGUGCGAAGAAAUUGUGCAGAAAAUCAAAGAGGCGACUUCAAAUAUAGAAUUUUUGCAAGUCAUUAAACAGCCCUGCGCCGUACUCGAGUGUGUCGUCGAUCCGGAUAAAAUCUCCAAACAUAUCCCGCAAAUUAUAAACUUAUUUAGGUUCAUUUGGAUGGAGUCUCCCCACUACAACUCUGAAGCUCGCAUCACAAAUCUUUUCAAGGCCCUUAGCAACCAGAUUAUAAUUCUAUGCAAGAACUACAUCCAAUUGGAUGAUCUCUUCGACGGUCAGACAAAGAAGGCUCUCGGUGAAUUCAGCAAAUGCAUAGACUGUUGCAAGAAGUACAGGGAGAUAUAUGACGUGAUGGUGGAAUCGCAUACAGCAGAGAAGCCAGGCAGCUGGGAGUUAGACUCUGGAUCUAUUUUUAAUUAUAUUGACUCAUUCAUUCAAAGAUGCUUUGAUAUGCUGGAUGUUUGUAAUUGUAUGAUUAUUUUUGGAAGGAUCGAUGAAAUAGAGCAGAUAAAUAAGCCGAUAUUCGCGGGCGCUAACGGUGAUCAGUUUGAGGCGAAGUGUGACCAGAUAGAGAAGAUGUUCAACUACGCGCUUGGGCAGGUGCGAAAGGUCGCGCAUACUAUCCUCGAUGUGCAGGCACCUUCGUGGUACGACGAUAUACUGCAGUUCAGGUCUACGAUAAAGGAUAUUGAAGUUAUAAUUGAGAACCUAGUGGAGUCUGUGUUCGAGGGAGUCAACCACGUUGAGGAGGCGGUCGUUGCCCUCUAUUCGCUACACAAUUACUCCAGGAGACAAAACUUGAAGCGUAUCUUCAAAAGGAAGACAGCUGAAGUGUGGGCAAUGUUUAGCGAUGCAGUACAAGAGACUAAGAAAGACAUGGUGUCCACUCGCGGCCAGUAUCCCUCCGAUUUACCGCCGUUUGCCGGUAGAGCUGCCGUCUUCAAGAUGAGAAAAAAUCGAUUAAUUUAUUUAAAAAAUGUGAUGCGUGAUGCGUCUGUCUGGAUGAUGAAAUGCAGCAGUUCUGAGGAUGUGAUCAUGCAUGUCAACCGGCUAGUCGGCGCCAUUGAUGUCAAUAUACGUGAGAUAUGGAUAUCAUGGACGCAUAACCUUGACGAGAGAUGUAGCGCCGGUCUGAACAGAACUUUGAUGCGGAAGAGCUCCGAGAACGCAGGCUUAAUGGAAUGCAAUAUGGACGUAAAUAUAUUAGAACUAUGUAAAGAAGCUUCGCAUUGGGAGAACAUGGGCUUGGAUAUACCACUGCACGCCUUUCAGGUUUAUAUGAAGAGUAAGACAUUAUUGUACGUGUAUGAGAACGUGCUGGCCGUGGUGAAGGGCUACAACAAGAUAUUGGACUCACUCUCAGAGCCAGAGAGACUCCUCUUCAAACCACUCAUAUCUGCAUGUGAGAGAAAAGUACAACCAGGAAUUUCUAAGUUAACUUGGACGUCUACGAUGUCUGAUGAAUAUAUCGCCGACUGUGUAACUCAGAUUGGAGAGCUGCAAGAUUUUCUAACAACAUACAAGAACUGCAACGUGAAUUUGGUUAAAAUUAUGGAAAAAAUAUGUGAUACCCCGUUCAUGGAAUUUGAUAUUUAUAACGUGUUUGAUAUUAAGGACCUUCGAGCAUAUGUUCGAACAAUGGAAGCAGAAGCAGCGGCAAAAAUAUUAGAAAUGUAUAAAGAGAUUAUAAUUUACCUUGUCAUUGUAUACGAAGGAUUUGAAGCACAAAUAACACAAAUGGCCGAUCAGUGGGUAAAAUAUGUGAGAAGAUUUGACCGUAUUUUAGAAGAUGCUCUUCGUCUAUCAAUAAAGGCAACAAUGCAGAACAUGUAUAAAUGCGUACAUGGAGAUGGAACAAUGGCGCCAUCACCAUUGAUCAAAAUGAACCUUUAUCUAUCGGGAAAGAAAAUCGUUUUUAUUCCGACCGCUUACGAACUGCGUGAGUCUUUUACCACCGUUCUUGAAGAAAUCAUCCACAUAAUGAGUACGAUACCAAGACUUUUCGAGAAAUUCUCGCUUCCGUCUGGUGGUUUGAAACGGUUUUGUGAGGUUAUUAAAGUCGACACGGACAGUAACAAAUUGCAAGCGCUAAUUGAUGCCGAAAUCGAAUUUAACAUAAAUCUUAUAAAUGAUCAUAUAAAUAUGUGGGAUCCUUACGCACACAUCUGGGAGGUUGACAAGGAUGCGUUUAUGGCUAAAUAUCUUGAAGAGAAACACAAAGCUAUAGAAUUUGAUAAUUUAAUAAUAACCUACACAGACUUAGCGAACACAGUCCAAGUGCAAGAAACUGUUAAUCAGAUACAUUUCGUCACAUUAAAUUCUAGUGAAUUGAAAAAAUCUAUUAUUGCACAUUGUUUAACCUGGCAAAUUAAAUUAGGUGAAUUACUUCGAAAAAUUACCGAAUCUGACAUUGAUGUUGUGUACGCGUAUGUAGAAAAAAGCAGUGAAGAAGCAAUGACGAUGCCGACAGAUUUGAAGGAACUGGCAUCGUCUAUAGCUACUUAUGAGCGCCUUAUGUCUGAAAUUGUUGCAAUGGAACAAACCUUCCCACCGAUAACCGACCAAAUGGCAACAUUAGCAAAGUUUGAAGUCGAAGUUAGCUCAGAUAUGGUAACCCGUCAUGAAAACAUCCCCGUUCUUUGGAAUGAUUAUUUAAAUUUAUUAGAAGAAGCGAAAAAAGCCUUGGAAGCCAACAAGGAUAAGUUUAAAACGGAGUUACUGGAACAGGCGGAGGAAUUUAAGGAAGCAGCGAAAGAAUUUUGUGAAGAAUUUUACAAAACAGCACCAUGCAGUUCUGAUAUCAGUGGUAAAGAUGCUAUGGCACAAUUGAAAGCUUUCAGAGAUCAGUUAAAUGCUCUGAGAGCUCAAGAACAACAAAUACGAGAUGGACUUGCAGUGUUUAAUUUAACGACACCAGUCAAUCUGGACCUGCAGAAAAUGGAAAAGGAGCUGGAGAAACUGGAAGAGGUUUGGGGACUGGUCGUACAAUGGGAGGAUUCCUGGGAGAAAUACAGGACGCAAACUUUCUGGGAAAUGGAAACUGACGAAAUGGAAGAAAACGUUCUGUUCUUAUUUAGGAAUUUUAAUCGUCUUUCACGACAGCUUAAAGACAAGGGAUGGGAUAUUAUAGACACCACUCGGGUGAAAGUUGAUGCUUUCAGAAGGACAUUGCCAUUAAUUGGCGAUUUGAAAAACCCAUGCAUGAGGGAAAGACAUUGGGAUCGAAUUAAAACUCUUAUGGGCGUUGAAUUUGAUCAAACUUCAGAAGAUUUUAAAUUAGAAUUGAUAAUGCGUCUGAAUUUCCAAGCAUAUGCCGAGGAUAUUGCUGAGAUAUCAAACGCUGCUACAAUGGAGUUAAAUAUAGAAAAUGGUCUGAAAGCAAUUAGAGAAGUGUGGAAGAAUACAACUUAUGAAAUGCAACAUCACCACGGUGAUAUGUAUAGGAUUAAAAAUGUUGAAGAUGUGACACAGUUUCUAGAAGACCACCAAGUGCAACUAUCUUCUAUGAAGUCCACAAAAUACGUGGAGCCGUUCAUAAAAGAAGUCGACUACUGGGAAAAAUCAUUGGGAUACGUCGCAGAAUGUAUAGAGAUAUCUUUACAAGUGCAACGACGCUACCUCUACCUUGAAAUAAUAUUCGCUGGUGAGGAUAUUAGAAAACAAUUGCCAGAAGAAGUAGUAACGUUCGAUGCAUUGACCGCUGAUUGGACUGACAUUACUAUGAACAUGCAUGCUGGAACCAACGCAAUCGAGGCAUGCCUUUACAAACCUGCACCAUUUUUGUAUAACAAGCUCAAUACUAUGGUUGACAACUUAGAUGGAAUAUUAAGGUCGUUAGAGAAAUAUCUCGAAACAAAAAGACAGAUAUUUCCUCGUUUUUAUUUUAUUUCCAACGAUGACCUUCUGGAAAUUCUGGGUAAUUCAAAAAAACCACAACUGGUACAGGUACAUCUCAAGAAAUUGUUUGACAACGUGAACAAGAUAAGAAUUGAUAAGGAACGAGUAAUAGAUAUGGUAGAAAAUUACAAUCCAGAACAUGACCACAGAUGUAAACGCAACUUACUUCAGUUGCAAUUAGAGGGCAGUUCUACUGAAAACAACCUUAGGCAGAGGAAAUGGAGGCACAAGUUACAUGCAGCUAUGAGCCGAGCAAUAUACGCCCAUGAUUGGGACAAACUUUUGUACCUAUUGAAAAAGUCUCCUAUUUGGGAACAUGAUACCAAUAGGCUGGAUCAACUGCCUAUUUAUACAAGAGCAAUGACUAUAUUACUGAUGUACCAUCCAUAUGCCAAAGCUCAAUCUUUGCUAAGUGAAUACUUUCACAUGAAUGCCGUUGGUCUGCCAAUAGCUAAAGCCAUGAUAUCCGAGGAUGGUGAGACAAUAGAGUGGAAGCACAGUGUGCUGCUGGAUGGUCCCGCUGAGAUGUGGCUGUUAGGCUUGGAACAUAUGAUGAGGGUAGUUUUAAGAGAGCAAUUAAUUCAAACUCGCUUGGCAUUAAGAAAGUGUCGCUACCAGAGAGAGCAGUGGAUCAACGACUGGCCAGGACAACUUGGCAUCACUUGCAGCAAGAUUCAAUGGACCUCGGACUGCACUCGGACUCUUUGCCGCUGCGAGAUAAUGAAGGAGAAGAAACCAAUGAAGAAGUUGAGGAAGAAGCAGAACCUGAUCCUGACGACGCUGCAGAACAUGUCGAGGAAGGAGAUCUCAAAGAUAUUGCGCUGUAAAGUCAACGCAUUGUGCGUUAUUGAGAUACAUUCGAGAGAUUGUGUUGAUAAAUUGUACAAAAUGGGUUGUAUGUCUGUGACUGCAUUCGAGUGGUUCUCCCAGCUGAAGUUCUACUGGGAUCGAGAGCGCGAGGAUUGCUACAUACGGCAAACAAACACCAGCUUCAUCUACACUUACGAGUAUAUUGGCAACUCUGGACGUCUUGUUAUAACACCUCUCACUGAUAGAUGCUACAUAACGCUGACGACGGCUCUCCACUUGUAUCGUGGCGGUAGCCCUCAGGGCCCGGCCGGUACCGGCAAGACGGAGACCACCAAAGAUCUGGGUCGCGCGCUGGCCCGCUGGGUCGUUGUCACCAACUGUUCCGACGGUCUCGACUACAAGUCCAUGGCAAAGUGCUUCGCUGGCAUAGCGCAGAGCGGUUGUUGGGGUUGCUUUGACGAGUUCAACAGGAUCAACAUCGAAGUAUUGUCAGUGGUGGCUCAGCAGAUCCUGGCAGUGCUGCAGGCACUCUCGCUGCAACAGAAGCGGUUCCUCUUCGAGGGCUUCGAUCUAAAACUCGAUGCGAACUGUGGCAUAUUCAUUACUAUGAACCCGGGUUACGCGGGACGUACGGAGCUACCAGACAACUUGAAAUCGAUGUUCCGUCCGAUAGCGAUGUGCGUUCCGGACUCACUCAUCAUCGCCGAGAACACGCUCUUCUCUGACGGAUUCACCGCCUAUAAGAUUAACGCGAAGAAGGUGUUCACAUUGUACCAGCUGGCGAUGCAGCAGUUGUCGAAGCAGGACCACUACGACUUCGGUCUGCGCUCCAUGGUGGCGUUACUGCGCUACGCCGGAGUCAAGCGCAGGGCAUAUUCUAACCUGCCAGAGCAGGAGAUAGUAAUCCUAGCGAUGCGAGACAUGAACGUGGCCCGUCUGACGGCUAAGGACGUGCCGUUGUUCAACGGCAUCAUGCAGGACAUCUUCCCCGACGUGGAGGUUCCUACACUAGACUACGAGAUGCUGGAGGCCGCCAUAUCUGCGGAGAUGAGGCUCAUUGGACUGCAGCCAGUCAAGGCCGCGCUUUUGAAGGUUAUCCAGACAUUUGAAACUAAGAAUUCUCGUCACUCGAGCAUCCUGCUGGGCGACACGAACACCGCCAAGUCUGUGUCGUGGAAAAUGCUGGCGGCGACGAUGACGCGGCUGAAGCGCGAGGGUAUGCCGGGCUUCGAAAUCGUGCAGGUGUAUCCCAUGAACCCCAAGGCGCUUACCCUGGGCGAGCUCUAUGGCGAGUACAACCUCGCCACUGGCGAAUGGAAGGAUGGCGUACUAUCCGCCAUCAUGCGCACCGUCUGUCAAGACGAGUCCCCGGAGCAGAAGUGGAUCGUGUUCGAUGGGCCGGUGGACGCGAUCUGGAUAGAGAACCUUAACUCUGUGAUGGAUGACAACAAGCUGCUGACUCUCGUCAACAGUGAGAGAAUAUCUAUGCCGCCGCAGGUGUCGCUGCUUAUCGAGACGCUGGACUUGUCGGUGGCGUCGCCAGCCACGGUGUCGCGCAACGGCAUGGUGUACAACGACUACCGCGACUGGGGCUGGGGACCAUACGUUAACUCCUGGCUGGACACCGUCGACGACUUAGACUACAGAGAUAUGUUGCGUCGUCACUUCCAAAACAUCCUGAGCCCGGUGCUGGCGCUGAAGCGCGCGCUGGGCGAGGGUCUGCGCGGGCACGAGCUGAGCGGCGUGCGCGCGCUGUGCCGCCUGCUGGCGCGCACGCCACCGCCACCUCACCCAACCGACGAGGACGACGAUACAUUCGCCAAGAUGAGAUUCCUCUUCGCGUUGAUCUGGUCUGUGUGUGCGACCCUGGACGAGGAUGCACGGCGCCGCUUGGACAACUGGAUCCGAGAGCACGAGGGCGUCUUCCCCCUGAAGGACACCGUCUACGAUUACUAUCUGGACGAGAGACUGCGACAGUUCCGACCGUGGGAAGAUCGAUUACCGGAUAAUUGGCGAUUCAAUCCCGCCUUAGGCUUCCACUCCAUCUUGGUCCCGACAGUAGAGUUUAUCCGGGUGCAGAUUAUAUCGUUGGAACUGCUAAAGGGAGGUCACGGUGUGCUGGUCGCGGGACCGACGGGCACUGGCAAGACAUACCUCAUACAAGGCACACUUUCGCAACUGGAUCCAGAAAAGUACAGCAGCCAAGUUAUCAACAUGUCUGCUCAGACCACCGCGGCCAAUGUCCAGGACAUGAUCGAAGCGCGACUGGAGAAGAGGACCAAGGGAAAUUAUGUACCGGCGGGAGGUAAGAAAAUGAUAGCAUUCAUGGACGACAUCAACAUGCCGGUGAAGGAUGACUACGGGUCGCAGCCACCGCUCGAGCUGGUGCGCCUCUGGCUCGACUACGGCUACUGGUUCGAUAGGCACAAGCAGUGGAGGAAGAAUGUUAAGGACAUGGUGCUGUGCGGCGCGGCGGGCCCACCUGGCGGUGCUCGCAGUCACCUACCGCCGCGAUUGCUGUCCUGCUUCCACGCGUUCUUCCUGCCCUCACCCACACACCAGCAGCUCAUCAAGAUCUUCGGCACAAUGUUGGCGCAGCACCUCAUGGAGUUUGAUGAGGAGACCAAGACAGUUGGUAAGAUAGUUCUGGUGGCGACGAUCGACAUGUUCAACAACAUAGUGGCCAAGCUGCUGCCGACACCCAGCAAGAUGCACUAUCUCUUCAACUUGCGCGACAUCUCUAAAAUAUUCCAGGGACUCCUGCGAAGUAAUAAAGAUUACACGAACACGAAGCCACGUUUCUUACGUUUAUGGAUACACGAGUGUUUCCGAGUGUUCGGUGACCGACUGACCGAGGAAAAAGAUCGCGAUUGGUUUAUGAAUCAGGUAGCAGAAAUGUUGGGUAAACAUUUCGAGCUGACCUUCCACGCCGUCUGCCCCACCAAGAGUCCUCCUCUGUUUGGACAUUUCCUCAAUCCCUUCGAAGUGUAUGACGACAUGAAUGACCCAGAGAUUUUGAGGAAGUACAUUGCCAACCAGCUGGAGGAGUACAACAGCAGCCCGGGGGUGGUAAAGAUGGAUCUGGUGUUGUUCAAGGACGCCAUAGAGCACGUGUGCCGCAUCACGCGAGUCAUCUCGCAGCCCCGCGGCAACAUGCUCUGCGUCGGCAUCGGUGGAUCUGGUCGUCAGAGUUUGACUCGCUUGGCGUCUUAUAUCUGCGAGUCCAACUCGUUCCAAGUCGUCGUCACCAAGACCUACGGGGUCAAGGACUUCCGUGAGGAUCUGAAGACUUUAUACACGAGCUGUGGUGUUGACGCGAAGCAGACGACGUUCAUCUUUAACGACACGCAGAUAGUGGAGGAGAGCUUCACUGAGAUCAUGAACAAUCUGCUCAGCAGCGGAGAGAUCACCAACUUGUACAAACCCGAUGAGUUUGAAGACAUAAAGCAAGCGCUAGAGAAGGCGAUGAAACACGCCAACAUAAUGCAGACCGCGGAGUCCGUGUACCUGUUCCUGGUGGAUCGUGUGCGCACCAACCUGCGCAUCGUGCUCUGCUUCAGUCCUAUUGGAGAGGAGUUUAGGAACCGCAUCCGGCAGUAUCCUGCACUGAUCAACGCGACCACCACCAACUGGUUCCUGGAGUGGCCGCGAGAGGCGCUGCUCGAGGUCGCAUACAAGUUCCUCGCAGGUGUCGAGCUGCUCGCCUCCAUCACUGGGCAGAGGGUGAGACGCAAAGAGUCUGUGGUGGAGAGCCGCGAGGAGAUCCUGCGCGCGUCAGUGGCGUCCAUCAUGUCGCUGGUGCACUCCUCGGUGGGCAGGCACUCCGUGCGCAUGUGGAACGAGAUGCGUCGCGUCAACCAUGUCACACCCACCAACUACCUCGAGCUGGUCUCCGGGUAUAAGGAAAUGCUAAAGAAUAAACGCGCGGAGGUUGCACUCCAAGCCAACAAGUUGAGGAACGGCUUGGGGAAAGUGGAGGAGACCACUAAACUGGUGGGGCAGAUGUCUGAGGAGUUGGCGGUGGCUAAGGUGCAAGUGGCGGAGUACACGGAUCAGUGCGUGGAGUACAUGGGCGUGAUCAACGCGCAGCAGCGCAACGCGGACGAGCAGCAGCGCAGCGUGGCAGCUCGCAGCAAGAAGACGCAAGAGGAGGAGGUCCAGUGCAAGCGGCUGGCGGACGCCGCCAUGCGGGACCUCGCCAGCGCCAUGCCCGCUCUGGAGGAGGCCGUUAAGGCUCUAGACGCGCUCAACAAGAAAGAUAUUACAGAAGUCAAGUCGUACGCUAAGCCGCCGCAGAAAGUAGAGAUGGUCAUGGAAGCGGUUCUCAUAUUGUUACAGAAAGAGCCGACUUGGGCCGAGGCGAAGCGUCAGCUGGGUGAUCAAUACUUCCUAGACCGGCUGCGGGACUUUGACAAGGACAACAUCUCUGACAAGACGCUGAAGAAGAUCGGCACGUACACCGCCAAACCGGACUUCGAGCCGGAGAUUGUAGGCACUGUAUCUCUCGCCGCCAAGUCGCUCUGCCUCUGGGUGCGCGCCAUCGAGAAGUACGGCAAGGUCUACAAAAUAGUAAAACCAAAGAAGGAGCGUCUAGAAGAAGCGCUGGAGUCGCUGCGCAUGAAGCAGCAGAUCCUGGCGGAGGCGCGGGCCAAGCUGCGCGAGUUGAGUGAGAUGAUCGCGCGCCUGCAGAAGGAGUACGACGAGAAACUUGCACAAAAGGAGGAGCUCGAAAGGAAGUCCAGGAUGUUGCAGCUUAAACUCGAGAGGGCGGAGGCGCUCAUCACUGGACUGUCGGGUGAACGUGAGCGCUGGGAGAUGACUGUAGAGCGGCUGGACAAGGAAUUUGACAACUUGCCAGGCGACUGCCUCAUCGCCACCGCCUUCGUCGCCUACCUCGGACCCUUCGUCUCAGAGUACCGCGAGGAGCUCAUGGAUGACUGGUUCCGUGAGGUAUAUAAUGAAGCCGUACCAGUUACAAUGGAUCUCAGCAUGAAAAAUUUUCUUCUAGACGAUGCUACGCUGAGAGACUGGAACUAUAUGGGAUUACCAGAUGACAACUUCAGUGCUGAGAAUGGUAUCAUAGUACGUCGAGCGACACGCUGGCCACUGGCCGUAGACCCUCAAGGACAAGCUCUCAUCUGGAUAUCUAAGCUCGAGGAAAGUAAUGGAAUCGAAGUAGUCGAUUUCGGCCAACCAAACUAUCUUAAGGUGAUGGAGAAGUGCUUGUCGGAGGGCAUACCUAUCCUGAUUCAAAACGUGGGGGAGGUCUUGGACCCCUCUAUCGCGCCUAUCCUGGACAAAGCCAUCGUAAAGAUCGGGACCUCGUUGGUGAUAAAGUUCAAUGAGAAGAUGGUGCCCUACAACUCAAACUUCCAGCUAUACCUUACCACCAAAUUAGGCAACCCCAUCUACACGCCGGAGAUCCUGACUAAGACGACGAUGGUGAACUUCGCGGUGAAGGAGCAAGGACUGACGUCGCAGUUACUGGGCAUCGUGGUGCGCAAGGAGCGGCCGCAGCUCGAGCAGAUGAAGGACACGCUUGUGCUGUCCAUCGCCAGGGACAAGAAAGUCUUGGUGGACCUGGAAAACGACCUGCUACGCAUCAUGUACGAGUCGCAGGUGCCGCUAUUGGAGAACGAGGAGCUGUUCCAGACGCUGCAGAUCUCGCAGCGCACCUCGCUGCAGGUCAAGGAGGCGCUCAUCACCUCGCAAGUCACAGAGAAGGAGAUCGACGCUGCAAGAGAGGGCUACGUGCCGGUGGCGGUGCGGGCGUCUGUGUUGUUCUUCGCGCUCAACGACCUGUCGCGCAUCGACCCGAUGUACCAGUUCUCUCUGGACGCGUACACCGACCUCUUCAUGUACUCCAUCGACCGCAGCCAGAAGUCCAGCGAGCUGGAGGACCGCAUCAACUACCUUAACGAGUUCCACACAUAUGCUGUCUAUAAGAACACGUGCCGCGCGCUGUUCGAGCGGCACAAGCUGCUGCUGUCGUUCCACAUGGCGUCGCGCAUCCUCUUCCAGGCGGGCAAGCUCAACAUGAACGAGUACCUCUACCUGCUGAAGGGCGGCAUCGUGCUCGACCGCUCCGAGCAGCCAGACAAUCCCACCAACUGGAUCCCGGACGAGUGCUGGGAUAACAUAACGGAGCUGGACAAGAUCGCCGGCUUCCACGGCAUUAUCGACAGCUUCGAGACCAUGUCGAAGGAGUGGCGCGACUGGUACCUUACGCCGGAGCCCGAGUCGCAGCCCCUCAUCGGUGAGUGGAACGAGGUGUGCAGCGAGUUCCAGCGCAUGUUGGUGGUGCGCGCGCUGCGUGCAGACCGCGUGGGCGCGUGCGCGGCCGCCUUCGUGCUGCGCGCGCUCGGACCCCGGUACAUCGAGCCUCCGGUCCUCGAUAUUCGGGCGGCGUGGGAGGAGUCCUCGUGGAAGACGUCUCUGCUGUUCGUGCUGUCGCCAGGCGUGGACCCCACCUCCUCGCUCAUCCAGCUCGCCAUGGACGUCAAGAUGUUUGACAAGUUCCAGUCGCUAAGCCUCGGGCAAGGCCAGGCGCCCGCCGCUGAAAGGAUGUUGGCGCAAGGCAUGGAGGAAGGCGGCUGGGUGUUCCUGGCGAACUGUCACCUGGCGUGCGAGUGGCUGGGCUCGCUGCGCGGCCUGGACAACCCUACCAUACAUCACCGCUUCCGGCUCUGGCUCUCCUCCAUGCCCGACCCCAAGUUCCCGCUCGGCAUGCUGCAAAGGAGCAUCAAGAUGACCACGGAACCGCCGCAGGGUCUGAAGGGCAACCUGGUGCGUAUCUUUGCAAAUCUGAACGAAGACAAGUUCGACGAGGCGACGCCGAAGUACCGCAAGCUGCUGUUCUGCGUCGCCUUCUUCCACUGUACCCUCAUCGCCAGGAAGCGCUUUCGUCAGCUCGGAUAUAACGAUGUCUACAGCUUCAACGAUGCCGACUUUGAAGUUUCAGACAACUUGUUGGCAAAUUACCUGGAGGAGUACGACGAGGUGCCGUGGGCUGCACUGCGCUACCUGCUGGCCGUCAUCAACUACGGUGGACACAUCACAGACGACUGGGACAAGCGCGUGCUGCUCGCUUACAUCAACCAGUUCUUCUGCGAGGAGGCCCACGAUAUACCUUUUUACAGGUUGUCGAGUAUGCCGGCGUACCACGUGCCGCGCGAUGGCAGCCUGGAGUCCUACCGCGACUUCCUGGAGCUGCUGCCGGCGGCGGAGCGCGCUGACUCGCUGGGUCAGCACAGCUCGGCUGACGUGGCCGCACUCGCUCAGGAUGCUUCGAUCAUGUGUUCCACUUUGUUCUUGUUGACGGCUUCGGGCAGUGGAGGUGCAGCGGGCGGGGAGGAUCAGAAGGUGGACGAGCUGGCGGCGGAGAUGCUGGUGCGGCUGCCGGGCAAGAUAGACAUGGAGACGACGGAGAAGCUGAUGGGCCCCGAGAUCGUGAUGCCCAUGUGCGUCUCGCUGCUGCAGGAGAUCGGAUACUACAACGUGCUCAUCAACUACAUCGUCACAGGACUAAAGGAGCUGCGGCGAGCGAUAGAAGGUCUGGUGGUGAUGUCCGAGAUACUGGAGACCAUGUACAGAUGUAUCUUCGAAGGAAAAGUACCAAUUUUCUGGCAAAAAGGACGUCCGACACUGAAGCCGCUGGGGUCGUGGUGCCGCGAGCUGUGGGCGCGCGGGGACCGGCUGGGCGCGUGGGCGUCCGCACCGCGCUCCCCGCCGCCGCUCUGCUGGCUGCCCGCCCUGCUCGCGCCCACCGGCUUCCUCACAGCCGUCAUGCAGACGACGGCGCGCGGCGAGGGCUGGCCCAUUGACACGCUGUGCUGGGACUUUACCGUUCUCACUAUUGAGGAGCAGAACAUCAUGCGCGCGCCCAGAGAUGGUGGCGUCUACAUCAGGGGCCUGUUCUUGGAGGGCGCGAGCUGGUUCAAGAAGGACGCGCACUUGCAGGACCCGCUGCCCAUGCAGCUGGUCUUCCCUAUGCCGCCCAUACAUUUCAAACCCGUCAGAGCCACAGGCAGGAGGCCUAAGAAUCGCUACACAUGUCCUUGCUACUACUACCCGCUGCGCAAGGGCGCGUUCGUGGUGGCAGUGGAGCUGGCCUCGGGCCGCGAACAUCCGGACUUCUGGGUGAAGCGCGGCGCCGCACUGCUCUGCACUCUCGCCACAUAACUCCUCCCUCCACUACGCCUAAA